CCAUGUUCCUUAGAACAUGGAGGAAAUUAUGGCACUUUUCCUUACCCUGGUCUUAUAAGAGCUCUCUCCCCCGCCCCCCACCGGCCCCCCUCUUUCCCCUCUCUUUCCUCUCUCCGUCCUCUCAUCUCCUGAAUUCCUAAUAACCAAUAGAAAAGGAAAAUCCUAACCAUAAAAGCUCUCGUAAAUCAAACACUUCACAGUUUAUGAAGCAACCAAGCGAGCAACACAUCUCAAUAGAGAAAACAAAUGAAAAGAAACCCCACUUUCUACCCCAUCAUUGCAAUCCAAUCCAACAAAUAAAAACAUCUCACUUUUCUCUUGAAUCCCUUGACAAUUCAUCAGAGCUUUGCUACUCAGCUAAGCAGAAAACAAAGGAAAAAAGAAAAAGAAUGGAGAUUGAGAUGGUGAGGUGUGAGUGUUGUGGACUAAAAGAGGAUUGCACGCAAGACUACAUCACACAAGUGAAGGCAAAGUUUGAUGGGAAAUGGCUGUGUGGGUUGUGCUCAGAAGCAGUGAGAGAUGAGGUUGGCAAGGGCAGCAAGCAGCCAUUUGGCAUGGAGGAAGCUGUGAGGGCACACAUGUCAUUUUGUGGUAAAUUCAAAUCCAACCCUGCAGUGAGAGUGGCAGAUGGGAUGAGGCAGAUGCUUAGGAGAAGGUCAGACAUGUCAUCUUCUUCUUCAUCGCCAAAAAAGUACACAAGAUCAGCAAGCACAUCCCAAGUGGGCGAUUCAUCAUCUUCUCAUGAACUAAUUGCAACCAUACUUCUUGCUGGGUUGGAAUAAUUAAUAUAAUAUGAAGGUAGUGGAAUUUUGAUUUAUUAUGGUCCAUUUGAUGUGGGAUAUGUCUUACUCUUCUUUCCAUGGUUGGAAAGACAAAUGGUCAGGGAAAAUCUUAACCUUUUGACUUUUCCCACUAAAUAAGACUCAACAUGUAUUACCUACUGCAUGACCUUUCCCACUAUAAUAUUCAGCGAAUAGGGAAUAAAAUUUCAACAAUCUUUUAUCAUCAA